AUGGACAUCGAGGAACAGAAAACCCAUCCAAAGGACGAAUGCCAGAGAUUGUGGGGUUGGGGGAAGGGCCCCUCCCCACCCGACACCCAUUGGGGUGCACUUUACUCUCCCGGUGGCAAGACUGGGGAACUUCGGGCUCCCAAUGGUCACUGUGUCCAUCUCCCUGCCUCUGGACUCUCCCCGUGGCCAGAUGACUGGUUGGCUGGGAGCUUCCUGGAGGUUUCCCAGGGCUUGGGGGGAGGGUUGGAGAUGCCAGCCCCCUGGGCCCUCCCCCAUCCUUUUUGCCUCCAAGUUUCUAAGCAAUACAUUUUGGGGGUUUCCUUAGCCCCCCACCCCAGAUCUUAG